AUGCACCAAGCACAGAUCCUGCCUUUCCUAAUCCCGGUGGCCGCUGCGGCGACCAACCAAAUCUCCACGCGAGAUGCUCCUGGAGACCUUCCUUAUGCUGCCUCUAUUCAGUACUCCGGUUCGGGGUGUCCAUCCAGUGCACCAGCCGUAGAUAAGGCUGGAGGCUGGAACGAUCUGUCGUUUCGCUUCAACGCAUUCGAAGUUUCUCUUCCAGGCGCGGCACAGAGCACCGAGAAUUGUGAAGUCCACAUCCAGGUCGCAGGCUGCGCGAGUGGGUGGCAGGUCGGCGUCAAGGACGUGUUUGUCAAGGGUCACUUGGUUCUAGAUCCAGGGGCCGAACUGAACUAUUACGUUCAGAACUUUUGGAGCCAAGACGCUGGCAAAACAGUCACCGUCCGUGCCACGAUCGAGAACAAUGGACCAAAUCGCAUUGACGAGAUCUCCACUGCGCAUGCAACGAUUCCAAACUCAAAAAUAGUCUGGUCGCCCUGCAGUACCGGGAAUGGCGAUAUCGGAAUCUUGAACGUAAACUUCAGAACUGCGCUGCAAGCAGAUGGAAACCAGUACGCCUACUUCGGCAGAGGGGGCGACACGGCAGCUACCGAAACCUUCGGCUACGUUUGGAGAAGGUGUUGA